AUGCUCCGCAAUACUCUCCCCACGCUUUUGGGCCUGGCAUCCGCUUCUUCCGCUGUGCUUUACGAAACCAAGAUUGAGACCAAUUAUGGCUCGGUCCAGGGUUAUCCGGCUUUCAACAGCAGUAAUACCGGCAACCUGACGCACUGGAAAGAGAUCACUGUGUGGAAGGGCAUCCCGUUUGCUGCAACCACCGGAGGUACUAAUCGUUGGAAAGCACCGCAGCCCGCAAGUCCAUGGAACGGAACGCUUGACGCGCGCAAUUGGGGCCCUGUCUGCCCCUCCGCUACGACCGGAGACAACAGUUACACCAUUAACGAGGAUUGUCUCAAUUUGAACAUUUGGAGUCCGGCCACCUCUACCGACGCCAAGCUUCCGGUGGUCAUGUGGAGUUAUCCCGCGGAGUCAACUGCGGCAGAUCCUCUCUUCGACGGCGGUGGUAUGGCUGACAAGGGGAUUGUCUUUGUCAAUUACAACUAUCGGACUGGGCCUUUUGGAUGGCUUGCCCACUCCGAGCUCUCGGAAGAAUUUGAGAAGGUGACUGGGUCCAACAGCUCAGGUAAUUGGGGAAUGCUAGAUCAGUUCGCUGCUUUGAAAUGGAUUCAUGCCAAUAUUGAGGCCUUUGGUGGUGAUCCGAACCAGAUUACCGUCCAAGGUCAAUCGGCAGGCUCUGCGGCCACCCAGCAUAUAUUCUACAGCAACUUGACCAAGGGGCUGAUUGUUGGUGCCAUCAUUGAUAGUGGUGUCCGUGACCCCCAUGACCCCCUUUGCACUAGCCUUGCCGAAGCUUAUACCACGCUGGAUGAUGCGCUGGAUGAUGGCAAUACCUACCUCUCAAAUCUGGGAGUGUCCAGUAUCGCUGAAGCCCGCAACCUCAGCAUGGAGGCAUUGAUUGACGGAGCGACUGGGUCCACUCGCGAAGAUACCAUCAUGUUCGAGGCAGUCCUUGACUAUUACGCCAUGCCGGAUACCUACCUCAACAUCCUGAAGAAGGGCCUUGCUCACAACGACGAGAAUGGCGCUACCUACGGCCUCGACAUCUCACUCGCGGAGUACUUUGAGGAUCUCAACGAAACCUACAGUGGGGAGUGGGUUGAGCGGUUCUUUGAUCUCUAUCUGGCCAAUGACUCGACGACCGCUUCAGGCGCAUACAACUCUAUGUUCACCGACCGCUCCAAGAGCUCUGGCGCUUAUCACGGGUCGGAAAUCAACUAUGUAUCGAACAAUCUUUAUGCCACCGACAAACCCUGGACUGCCGAGGAUUACGCCAUCGCCAAGAAUAUGAACCACUACUGGGCCAGCUUUAUCAAGACCAGAAACCCCAACACUCAGGCCGAAGGUGCUACCGAGUGGCCUGCAGUAAACACCUCCAAGCUGGUGCAGCAUGUCGGCGAUGGGUGGGGUCAGAUUCCGAUUGCCUGGAGCAAGAAGGUCAAGCUUUUUGAGGAUUGGUUUGCCACCCUUGUGGCAUACUAA